AUGGAUUUUGAUCCGUCACAAAACGAUUCUCAAUACCCAGAAGAUUAUUGGGGUCAGGGUGUAAACCGUGCUUCAGAAUUAGCAAAUAAUUUUUUAUCUACUCUAAAUUUCUCUGCCGAAAGAAGUGACGAUGUAUAUAUAAGAACUGAAGAAGCUGCUGAUCAAAUGGAAGAGAAAGAAGGAAAAAUAUCAACGACAACUUUAAUUGAAGUUCCUUCAGUUAAUGAUACUCCUUUAACCUCCUCUUACACUUAUCAUUCACCAAAGCCUGCUUUUUUAUUAUCAGAUAACAAUAAAGAUGUACCUUGUGUAUUAGGAGUUGAUGAGGCAGGCAGAGGUCCUGUUCUUGGACCAAUGGUUUAUGGAGUAUGUUAUUGUCCCAUUUCAAAAUACAGCGAAAUAAGCAAAUUAGGGUUUGUAAAUUCAAAGACUUUAAAAGAAGGUCAAAGAGAAGAUCAUUUUCAAUUAAUCCAAUCCAAUAAUGAUAUAAUUUCCUGGAGUGUAAGAGUACUUUCACCUCAAGAUAUUUCUUGGAAUAUGUUAAAGUUAGAUAAACAUAAUUUGAAUGCACAGGCACAUGAGACAACGAUUCAACUAAUACAACAGGUUUUAGAUCAAGGUGUCAAUUUAACAGAGAUAUAUGUAGACACAGUAGGACCUCCAGAUUCAUAUCAAAAAAAACUUUCAAGUAAUUUUCCAUCAAUAAAUAUUACAGUUUCAAAAAAAGCAGAUAGUAAAUAUCCAAUAGUUAGUGCGGCAAGUAUUUGUGCAAAAGUCACUAGAGAUCAUAUUUUGAAAAAAUGGAAAUUUAUUGAAAAGACAAUUAUUUCAACUAAAUUUGGUUCAGGGUAUCCUUCAGUUAAUUGGUUAGAAAAUAAUAUUGAUUCAGUAUUUGGAUUUCCAAAUAUUAUACGUUUCAGUUGGGCAACAUGUGAAAUGAUUCUUAACAAGAAAGCAAUAUCAGUAACAUGGUAA